AUGGUUACUUUCUUUCUUUCCUUUUGUUUCUUCCUUCUCGCUUUCAUUUCGAAACUUAUUCUUUCGUUUCUUUCUCUACCCUAUUUUUAUUCUAUUGUUUUCUUCUUUCUUUAUUUAUUUAUUUCUUUAUUUUUCUCUCUUUCUUUUUUCUUUCUUUCUUUUGAACCUUAUUCUUUCAUAACCAUUUUCUUUCAUCCUUUCCUUCCUUCCUUCCUUCAUUUCUCUAUUUCUUUCUUUAUUUCUUUCUUUAUUUUUUCUUUCUUUCUUUUAAACUUUAUUAUUUCUUUACUUUCCUCCCAUCUUUUACUCAUUUCAUUACCUCGGCUAUCGCUUCAACCCUCUAUCCUAACACGGAUUGCGUCUUCCCCCAUAUCUACAACAUCAUCAGCGCCUCUUUGCCGUUGCAAAGUUAAUUUUUAUGGGCCAUUUCCAGGCGAAUAUGGAAAUAUUAUUCACCGCCCUCGAAUCAGUGGUGAUUGUGACCGCAACUUUAUGGUCUCUGCUUCCCACAAUGCACUACUCUCGGCCCGAUUCAAUAACCAGCGCCAACUUCCGCCUCUACCACAAACUUAA